GGAGCUGCUUCGCGAUUUGUCGUCGCUGCUGUGCCUCAUCAACCUGGAGUGGCUGUCCAUCACAUGCUUGGACCCUGACCCCCACAAUCCCUUUAGGGGGGCUGACGUGGUGUGCAUUUCAGGUCUUCGUCAACUCGAGACCCUGCACCUUGGCCUGAACCUUGUGCUGGUUCCCCCUCAGUUGGGCACGCUGUGGCACCUGCGCUCCUUUUCUGUGGCUGGCACGGGCCGUGUCACUCUCACCCUGCCUGAGGACCUCUCCCGCCUGACAACCCUGCAAGACCUGAGGGUCAGUGAGCCCUUGUGGCCAGACCUGCCACCACUGCUGUAUGACCUGACUGGCCUGAGGAGUUUGGUGGUGGAGGGCCACCACCAAUAUUCCCACCACUUGGCCAUGUCAUCUGCCGUCACCAAGAUGACGUCCUUGCGACACUUUGG